CUCUCUCUCUCUCGCUGCGUGUAUAAAACCGACGUCGGCCGCUCUCUCCGGCCACUGUCGCUGCCAUCCUCGUCCAUCGCUGUGGAACACCAGAGCGGCGGAGGGAACUAGAGGAGCGAGAUGGGGUCGGCGGUGGAGACGGAGAUCGGUUUCGACCUCAACCUCUUAACAGCCAGGACCGUCGGCGGCUUCUUCAAGGAGGCCACCGCCGACGGCGGCGUAACCAAGCUAGAGGAGUCCGUCAGGAGCCUCGAGGAGGAGAGGAAAAAGAUCGAAGCGUUCAAGCGCGAGCUCCCCUUGUGCAUGCUCCUCCUCACCGACGUGAUUGAGAUGCUGAAGAAGGAGCUCGAUCGAUUCCAGGGGGAGCGAUUCGCGCACAGCUUCAAGGAAUUCAUACCGAUCGGGAGGAAGUGCGAAGAGGAGGGCGGAGUGAAUCUGGAAGCAGAUUGCAAGGAUAAGAAGCACUGGAUGAGCACCGCCCAGCUCUGGAGCAAUUCCAGCGAUGGUAAGGGCGAUGAUGACGGCGACGGCAACACCAUCACAGAUGAGAAAAGUGGAGUGCCAGAUCGCGCUGAGGACGAGCACGAGGUUUACUUGGAAGCCAGAAGCCAGGGCAUCGGCUGCGGAUUCUCGCCCUUCAAGGCCGGCGUGUCGCCGCCAAAGGAGGCGGCGAAGCCCACAGCGAUGCUACCUGAUCUACCUAUGCGGUCGCCCGACGUCGAUCCUGCUGCUUUCCCUAUUUCCAUCAUGCCCGGCGACCACCACUCCGACAUCAGUGUCGCCGCCAAGCGCGUCGGCCGAGCUCCUCCCCCGGCAACGGGCGUCCCCCACCUUAGCUUGCAGCUGCAGGAGCAGUCGCUGAGGAAGGCGAGGCGAUGCUGGUCGCCGGAGCUUCAUCGCCGCUUUGUCCUCGCUCUCCAGCAACUCGGCGGCGCUCAAGUGGCAACUCCAAAGCAGAUCAGAGAACUGAUGAAGGUGGACGGCCUCACCAACGACGAAGUAAAAUCCCACCUGCAGAAAUACAGAUUACACACGAAAAAGAUGCCCAAUGGCUCAUCAGUCACUAACAGACCGGUCAUGGCCUUAGGAGGCCUAUGGAUGCCUCCCGAGAACUACACUUCCUCCAAUUCACCGCAAAGCCCUCUUCAGUUCGUCGUCUCCAACUUAGCGAUCUCCGCAACCGCCGGAAGUAGCUGCGAGGAAGAUGAUGGAAAGUCUGAAAGCUUCAACUGGAGAUCCUGAAGCAUGAGAUAAUUUGAGAUGAUCGGUAUUGUAUUACCAUGAGACUGACUUAAGACUCCCCGGUGUAGAUAUCGAUAGUUUUGUCGAGGUUGGGGCAGUGUUAUUCGUUUUUCCGGGGACAAGAGAGAUCAAAUUUUCCCCCCAAAAUUUUGUGUUUGCGUGAACAAAACAUCUGAUGGAUUUGGAAUAAAAAGAGUUUUCUCAGUUCCUGAACUAAA